UUCGCUCGGUGGAAGUAACUGCGGUGGAAUUAUAAACCCUCGCAACCGCAGGUGGAGGCGCUUCAGCGCCGGACCGCAGCCCCGUUAGCGCCGCCCAAGCCUUCUUUUGAGGCCCUAGCUUGUAUCCCACUUCUGGUCGCGGCGUGCUCUCCCUUCGCCUGCACCUCGAGGGGUUCAAACCGUGAUCGCCUUCGAGCGCCGCCCAAGCCUUUUUCGUCUUUGGAAGGACCGCGCCUAGAUCUUCCUCGCGUACGAAGCGCUAACACUUCGUGAUCAUUAUAUACGUCUUCCGGGAGUAGGUGAUAGAUAGAGUUUGGGAGAUGGAGGAAAUCUCCAACCAGAGGAAGCGCGUUCCCCACCUGACAUGGAUGAGAAACCCAAUGAACAUCGACCAAUUUGAGGAUGGUCCUCUGAGUCUCGUCCCCUUUCUAGAUCCAAGAUUGGAAGAGGUCCUGAAGAAGAUGGGUAUACAAUCACUUUUUCCAGUUCAAGUAGCCGUGUGGAAUGAGACAAUUGGACCGGGUGCAUUUGAACGCGAUAUUUGUGUAAACUCUCCAACAGGGAGUGGCAAGACACUUGCUUAUGCUUUACCAAUUGUUCAAACACUUGCACUGAGGAAGAUAAGGUGCCUGCGUGCUUUAGUAGUUUUGCCUACACGGGACUUAGCCUUACAGGUUAAAGAUGUGUUUGCUGCCAUAGCAUCUGUAGUGGGUUUACGUGUAGGCUUAGCAAUUGGCCAGUCAUCAAUUGAAGAUGAGAGAUUGGAACUUAUCAAGAGACCUAAUCUUGGGUUGUAUUCUCCUUUUGAUCCAGAAGACGGAGAAAUGGAGCUACAGACUGCAGUUGACAUAUUGGUUGCAACACCUGGAAGGCUAAUGGAUCACAUUAACAUGACAAAAGGUUUUAGUUUAGAACAUCUUUGUUAUCUGGUAAUUGAUGAAACAGAUAAGUUAUUACGAGAUGCAUAUCAAUCCUGGUUGCCAACUGUGCUUCAGCUCACCAAAUCAGAUUAUCAAGCUGGUCGUUCGAGCAACAUUUGUGCUUUACAUGGUUCAUUAACUACCCUUAGAAGAUGUGGUGCUGAAAGAGGGUUUAAAGGUAAAGUUUAUCCAAGGCUUGUGAAGUUUAUUCUAUCUGCUACACUGACCCAAGAUCCUAGCAAGAUUUCUCAGCUUUAUCUACAUCAUCCUUUAUUGUUGACUAGCGGUGAUAAGCGUUACAAACUACCUAAAAGUCUCGAGUCAUUCAAGCUGGUCUGCAGGUCUAAAUUGAAGCCACUCUAUUUGGUUGCUCUAUUGCAAAAUUUGGUAGGAGAGAAGUCCAUAGUUUUUACAUCAUCUGUGGAGACAACUCACAGGCUAAGCAAUUUAUUGAAUUUCUUUGGUGAAUUGCCAUUUAAAAUUAGUGAAUAUUCACGUAAUCAGCAUCAGGCCAUGCGAAGCAAGAAACUGAAGUCCUUCAAAGAAGGAAAAACACACGUGCUAAUUGCAACCGAUGCAAUGACGCGUGGAAUGGAUGUUGAAGGAAUUAGAAAUGUUAUAAAUUAUGAUAUCCCUGCUUAUAUUAAGACAUUUAUCCAUCGAGCAGGUCGAACUGCAAGAGCAGGUCAAUCAGGGCGUUGCUUUACAUUCCUGAGACAAAAUGAGAUCAAGCGAUUUGAAAAGAUGCUUGAGAAGGCUGAUGCCAAUUCUUGUCCAUCUUACUCUUUACCUAAAGAUUCUGUGGAAAACUUCCAUCCACUGUACUUAUCUGCCCUGGAGAAGCUGAAGGAGCAUGAGGAAACAAGAAAAGGAAAGAGAACCAGUAGCAGUUUUGGAUCAGCUCAAGCAAGUAAGAGACAGAAGUCAAGAACAGAAGAACUGAAGGAAUAGUGUGUUUUAACAUGGUGCGACAAUCGGAACACACGACAUGACUGUCUAGCAUUAACACCUGUUUUUUUCACUCCUGAUUACUUUCACUUAUUGCAAUUUUGUUGGGGCUACUAAUUAUCAUAGAUGAAGUAAAGGCAAACAUGUCGAAACAAUGUGCCUACUGUAACCUUUUUUUUUUUUUAAUUUUUUUAAUGUUACUUAAAGGGCUAAGUCGCCAUCUAGCUGGGUGUAUCCUUCUACUAACAUCAGUUGUUUUUCCAUUAAUAUGUAGGCUCCGUUGGUUUGUCGGAGGUCUAUUUUCUUUUAUAGAAAAACAAUUUAUUUA